UGUUCCAGACGAUCCACCCACAUAAUACAGUCAACAGAUUAAAAUCCGCGAUCAGAUAAAAUGAUAUUCAUUUGGCGGAUCUCAAGUUGCGUAAUCGGUACCUACGCGAUUUUGGGUAUAAUAUACCAUUUUGUACAACGUUUUAACAACUGACUUUUAAUACCCGACUCUGCACAUGUUAACACAACAACUCGAAGGGCACAGACAGCAGAGGCGCAACCUGCGUGCCAAUCAUUCAUUGGAGGGUCAGGGCUUCACCUCCUGACCAAACUCACGUGCACCGAUCGGAAACUCAAAGCUUCUUAAAAAGUGUACUCGCGCCUGGCAGAGUUAGUUGUACCUGCGCUUUGAUGAGACAGCUUCUCCCUGAAUAUUUCGAUGUCUGAUGAUGUAACUUGUGUUUGUGCUAUAGUAUAUGUUUAGUGCGAAACUAUAAAUUGCUGCCCAUAUCGCAGUGCUGUGCCAGUUUCCGAGAACUUGUACCGAGUUUUAGCGGGCAGUUCGGCAGUAUGCACCGUUUGGUCCACGUCUGGCCACGCGUGGCCUUGGCUGCUUGCCUGGUGGUGGGACUCUGCGGUGGUGUCGUGUCUGCACGAGGCUUCGUUACUAACCAGUUACGGGAAUACUUUGUGGCUGCCGUGGAGAUUGAGUGGGACUAUGCUCCAUCAGGGAGAAAUCUCAUCAAGAAUACUGACAUCCACGAGGGAAGUUAUGAGGCAGAGUUUCUCCUUAACGGAACCCACCGCAUCGGACGCAAAUACAAGAAGGCUGUGUACAAGCAGUACACAGACGCUACUUACACAGAGGAGAUUGCCAAACCGGAAUGGCUUGGUUUCCUGGGCCCGAUACUCUACGCGGAGGUGGGCGACACCAUGUUUGUCCACUUCAAGAAUAUGGCUAGCAGACCUUACACCAUGCAUCCACACGGCAUGAAGUAUGAAAAGGACUCUGAAGGUGCGAGGUACGAAGACGGUACAGCAGGCAAAGAUAAGAACGAUGAGGAUGUACAACCAGGCCAGACACACCGCUUCAAAUGGAUUGCCAAUGAAGCUGCUGGUCCGGCAGACCAGAAUGAAAAUUGUCGACCUUGGCCCUACCACUCACACAUUGCCUCACCUUAUGGCACAAACACUGGCCUGAUUGGUGCACUGAUGAUCUGCAAAGACGGGAUCCUGGAUGAAAGUGGAAGACGAACAGAUGUUGACAAGGAAUUUCUCAUUAUGUUCAGCAUUGUGGAUGAGAACCUUAGCUACUUACUCAGUGAGAACAUUGAAACUUACAUCGGCAGGACAGAUUUUGAUCAAGAAAGUGACGACUUUGUCCGUAGCAACCAAAUGGACAGCAUCAAUGGUUUUCUCUACGGCAACCUGCCUGGUCUUGAAGUCUGCGUUGGGGACAAGGUUGAUUGGCACGUUACGGCAUUUGGCACCGAGGCUGACAUUCACACUAUCUAUUUCCAUGGCAACGUACUUGAAUAUCAAGGUCGUCGUCGAGACUCCCUUAGUCUCACUCCAGCUGUUUUGAUGAGUGCCAUCAUGGUAGCUGAGAACCAAGGAACUUGGCUGCUAACCUCCGCCUCCAGCACCCACUUCAAGGACGGUGCACAGGCUCUGUACACCGUCUCCACGGAAUCUUGUAGGCAACCGCCUGAAGUCGACCCGUCCACAGGCCGACGGGAAUACUUCAUAGCAGCAGAGGAAGUUAACUGGGACUAUGCACCUUUCACUAGGACACACAGCGAUGGUACUAGCUUCACCGAUGAAACAAGCGCUUCCUACCCCUUCUUCACCAAGGACGACAAUCGAAUCGGUGGGAUGUACAAGAAAGCCAAGUUUGUGGGCUAUACUGAUGCCACGUUCAGUAGUCCUUCCCCCUUCAAUGACAGCAUGGGCAUUCUGGGACCAGUUAUCAGAGGUGAGGUUGGAGACGAGAUCAGGGUGACGUUGAGGAACAACUUGAAUAGUCACAACAUCAGUCUGCAGCCCCAUGGCGUCAGAUACAACAAAGCUAACGAGGGACAGGCAUACAAUGAUGGCACAUCAGCGGCGGAUCACUUUGAUGAGAUGGUCAUCCCUGGUUCUUCCUACACGUACUCCUGGUCCAUACCUGAAUCCGUCGGUCCUACCAGCCUGGAUCCAGACUGCAUUACUUGGAUCUACACGUCGGCUGUAGACCCAGAAGCUGACGUCUUUGCUGGUUUGGUCGGCCCGUUAUUGGUCUGUAAGAAGGGAAGCCUCAACAGCACCACAGGCAAACAGCUUGGAGUCGACGAAGAGUUCUUUCUUCUUUUUACAACAUUUGAUGAAAAUCUUAGCUGGCUUAUUGAUGAAAGUAUUGAUGAGUACUCGACCAAUCCUGGGACAGUUGACAAGAAUGAUGAGGAUUUUGUGACGUCCAAUCAGAUGGCUUCCAUCAAUGGUUACUCCUAUGGCAAUCUUCCUGGCCUGAUGAUGACCGUCGGUGAUCGUGUCUCAUGGCAUCUGAUGGCAGUGGGCAAGUUCAGUGAUGAGCACACCGUGUCGUUCCAGAGUCAGACCCUUACACAUAAUUCGGGUCGCAAAGCAUCGGUGUCGGUCUUCCCCGGUGUGUCAGAGACCGUGAUCAUGGAUGCUGAUAUUCAUGGCACUUUUGAAAUUGAGUGCGAGACCAAUUCUCACUUCCUGAAUGGCAUGGAGGGAUAUUUUACCGUCACGCCUGUGGAGAACACAACAGAACCAGGAGAUGGCCCAGGGGCAGACCGGACUUACUACAUUGGUAUUGUGGAACGGUAUUGGGACUAUGUACCAGUCAAAUGGGACGCGCAACGAAGUGAAAAUUUGACUGAUCCAGACAGUACUGGCUAUGUGUUUGUUCACCAAGGAGACCAUUCUAUCGGUUCACGAUACAAAAAAGCCCUGUACAGAGAGUUCACAGAUGAGACUUUCAGCACAGAGAAGGAACGUACUGGCCCCGAUGCUCACCUGGGAGUCCAGGGUCCCUUGUUGCGUAUGGAGGUGGGCGAGAAUGUAGCCGUCGUGCUCAAGAAUAUGGCAAGUCGGCGGUAUGCUCUAGAGCCACAUGGUGUGCUGGUACAUGAAGUUGACAACUCUGUUGAUAAUGAUGAUGAAGAAGGUCUAGGAGCGGGUAGUACCAAAAUCUAUCGUUGGAGAGUCCCUGAACGUGCUGGACCGACGGCCACAGAUCCAAACUGUGUGGUGUAUGCUUACUACUCCAACAUUGACAAAGAGCAUGACAGCAACUCUGGGCUCGUUGGCCCGAUGGUAGUCUGUCGGCCAGGCACUCUGGGAGAGGACGGUCGCCGGCGCGACGUGGACCGGGAGUUUUCCCUGCUCUUCACCGUCUCGGAUGAGAACAAGAGCUGGUACUUGGACGAGAAUAUUGCAGAAUUCUGUGGGAAGCCUGAGGAAGUGGAUAGAGAAGACGAGGAUUUUGAGGAAAGCAACCUGAUGCAUGGAAUCAACGGUUUCCUGUACCACAACCUCCAUCACCUUGACAUGUCCAAAGAUGACACAGUGGAAUGGUACCUGCUGGGCAUUGGGGAUGAGGUUGAUGUCCACUCUGUCCACUUCCAUGGUCAAACCGUCACUUACAGGACUGCUCUUGUUCACAGGAUUGACGUCUUUGAACUCUUUGCUGGUGUGUAUGGCUCAGUACAGAUGUAUGCAGACAAUCCUGGCAAUUGGCUCAUGCAUUGUCAUGUAAAUGAUCACAUACUUGGAGGCAUGGAGGCAUCCUAUACUGUGCUGGGAGACCCCACAACACCCAAGCCCCAGCCCCCACCAACCACCCCUGCCUCUGCAUGCUGCAUAGCUAGCACCGUCAUGAUUGUGGUUAUAGGGGUGAGCAUGGCUAGGAAAUUUAACUAGGAUAUGAAGGGUACACCUGACAUACCAUAAACUACCUACAGGCAGUGAAUAUCACCACCGUGGAGCUCCCAAUGUGCUUAGGUGUGCUUUAAAUUUCUUUUCAUUAGAAUUUUUUGUCACUCUGUCUGCAACCAAAAAAAACAAGCUUGUGUUGCCAAGAUGCUAAGAACCUGAUUUUAAUAGCAGAUACUUUAAUAUGGCAUAAGCACUUGUCUUAAAAUCUAUGAUAUAGUCAACUUAUAUCAGUACGGCUUGAAGUUUCAGGGAAAUGUUGCCAGUCUCCAAUUCUAGUAGCUCAGUCUACUAGCCACACAAGAAUGAUAAAAUCUCUCACUACUGUUCAGGAAUGAACUGCAUGACGGCAUCUUGUAUUGCAAUGAACAAAGAAAGUUGUAGAUAUUGACUUAUGGCUACACAAGCUGUGUGUUAUUUAAGUGAGGAAUAUAUCUUGCCUUGCUUGUCAUAGGCCUACAAUCAACUGCAAAAGCACUCUAAACCAUCAGACUUUGUUAAGAUUGAGAAAUUUCAACUGAUGUUUUCAUGUAUGACCACCUGAUGGACUCUGCGGACUGGAGUACAUCACCACAUCAUGUACGCAUACAUGGACAAACCUUUGAAUAUUUACACCCCUGCUACCUUUUGUUUUAAUGUACAUUUCAUUGUGGUGUGCAGAAUCAGUCUUUGCGAUUUUGGCAACUUUAGCCUGGCCACUUAGGUCUUCAAGAUUUAUAUCACUACAAGGAAUAAAAUUACUCCUAACAAUGGAAUGUUUUUUUAGUGUAUUGAUAAUAUUGCAUGUUGUAGAACUCUAAGUUAUGUCCAGAUAUCGUGUGCAAAUAGUACUGAUAUAGCAUUUUACAUAUUUGAAAAUGUUUAAAAAGAAUACAGAUACUUUUAGGUUAAGGGUACCCUUUUGGGGACAACAACUUUUCUAGCAAUGACAGUCAUGUUUCAUUCAGGAUACCUCCUUUUAAAAUUUCGUCCGGUGGAAACUUGGCAUUUUAAGGUUUUGUUUUAGUUUAUUAGCUUCUACAUUCCAAACUUACCGGUACUAUUCAGAAAGGCUGAAGAAAUAUAACUACAAAAUCUGUGUAUGCAUUGGAUUUGAUUACAUUUUGUGCAUAUAUACUUUUUUAAAGGAAGGUUCAGAACUCAGGUGUUUAAGUCUUUAUCUCUUAAUAUUGCAUGCAAUAAUACAAUAUUUUUAAGAUUAAAAUUUGUUUAAUCUUUUUUAAAUAUUAUAAUUUUUAGAUACACUUUGAUUAACAUCUUAUCUUGUGUGCUGUUUUAUUUACUUCAUUUCAACUGUUGUAAUACAAGAAAAAGACAAUGGUAGGCUACGUAGAGAAAAAGUACUAUUUAGAGUUUAGUAUUAAAUUUAAUCUCUUAAAAUAUCAGAUAACUUUGUUGAUUCCGUUAUGUAUUGUCAUACUUUCUAUUCUUACUGACAUCGCCCUCAACUUUGACCUUUCUCAAUCAUUCAGAAUGAGGUGUAAUUGUAAACCUUCCAUUUGUAUUAAUUGGGUAGAAAUUAAAUUACCUUAAAACAGAAAAUACUAUUAAGUGUGGGUCUUAAGGUUUUCUUUUCAAUAAAAUCAGUCAAAAGUUGUUUUUUGGCCUAAUGGAACAUUAA